AUGUCCGAAAAAAAAGAGUUGGAAAAUCAGAAUACAAACAUCGAACCGAUAAUUUCGUUCACCAAAGAAGAUAUCCAAGAUAAAGAACCACAUGUUUUAACAACAAUUAUUUCCCCCUCGGGCAAGGAGAUUGCUAUUACCAAUGACGUUGAUCAAGCUAUGAAGCUCGCUCUUGAGCAUAAGGGUGAAACUAUCGAGUUGGACAAAGCUCAGGCAGAUAAAUUACUUCGAAAAAUUGAUUUAUACCUAUUACCCAUCAUGUGUUUGUUGUAUUGCUUUCAAUUCAUGGAUAAAUUAACGACAAGUUACGCCUCAGUGCUUGGGUUGAGAAAAGAAUUAAAUAUGCAAGGUGACAUGUAUAGUUGGACUGCUACUGCAUUUUACUUGGGAUACCUCGUAUUCGAGUUCCCAGCAUCAAUGCUUUUACAGCGGUUCCCCGUUGCCAAAACAGUGUCAGUUUUCAUUAUUCUUUGGGGGAUGAUAUUGGCCUUGCAUUCUGUUCCCCAAUACCCUGGCUUCAUUGCCUUGAGGACCAUUUUGGGAAUGUUAGAACUGAGUGUGACACCUGCGUUCACCAUCAUUACAUCUCAAUGGUACAGAAAGGAGGAACAAUUUCUUAGAACUUCAUGGUGGUUUGCUUCUAAUGGUAUUGGAACCAUUGUAGGACUGGCUAUUGCUUAUGGCUUGUACCAGAACGAUGGGAACUAUUCUUUACCCGCUUGGAAGCUCGUGUUUGUCGUCACAGGUUGUUUGACAAUAUUUUUGGGCUUUGUGAUUAUGGCUCACAUUCCUGAUACCCCAGCAGGUGCUUGGUUUUUAACGGAUGAAGAAAAAUUAAUGGUCGUUGAACGUAUUAGAACCAAUCAACAAGGGUUUGGUAAUACACAUUUCAAAAAACAUCAAUUUAUCGAAGCAUUGACAGAUCACCGAACUUGGUUGUUUUUUUUAUUUGCAUUGUCCAAUAAUAUUCCAAAUGGAGGUUUGACAAGUUUUGGUACCAUCUUGUUGAACGAAGAUUUCGGCUACACCCCAUCUAAAUCACUUUUGAUGCAAAUGCCGCAAGGAACUGUCGAAAUUGUUGGUUGUGUGUUAUUUGCUUGGCUUUGUAAGUUUCUCCCAUCCCGUAUGUUGAUGGGUGUUAUUGCAACAUCUAUCACUGUUUUAGCGGAGUGUCUCUUGGCUUUUUGCAAAGGCAACAGUGCAAGAUUGGCUGGUUUCUAUCUUUAUUUGCUAGGGCCACUUGGGUUCAUUUGUUGUUUAUCAUGUGUAUCUUCUAAUGUUGCAGGACAUACCAAGAAAGUGACCACCAAUGCCAUGUAUUUGAUAGCUUAUUGUGUUGGGAAUUUGAUUGGUCCCCAAACAUUUAUCAGCACACAAGCACCAAAUUAUACAGGAGCUAAAGUUGCUAUUGUUGUUUGUGGAUUUGUUUCAUUGUUUACAUUAAUUGCAAUUUAUAUUUCUUAUCAUAUUGAAAAUAAGAAAAGAAAUUCCAGGCCGCAAGUUGAUAUGAGCCAUAUUGAAAACUAUGAGUUCGCCGACUUGACAGAUAAAGAAAAUCCAAAUUUCAGAUACAGUAUUUAA